AUGGCGGGUAAUCCUCGUCCCACUUCUACUCCUGAAGACAUCCGAAGCGUGGACAAUUUCUCAAUGGCUGAGGCUGAGCAUCAAGACCUCAAAGAGGAUGGCAUUGCUCAUUUCUCGUCUUCAUCGAGACUUCAAGCCGCCGAGCUGCUGUUACAAUGGAAAUCUCGAGCGAAUCAGGGUGGCCCAAAAGACUUCCUUAAUGCUUUCUGCUGGGAAGAGGAUGCCUUGAACGACCCUGCUUUUGAUGCAGGUGGCAAUGUUGCUCUGAAAGCAUAUCUUGAAGAACAAUUCAUUUCUGGGUUUCGGGUCUCCGCUACUGCACCUAGGAGUCAAUGGGUCAUGUCACUCUUUACCGGGGAAUCAAAGCUUCAUCCAGCAGAGGUCUCAGGUGCUUCCAAGGAUCCAAAUCUACAGCUCCUGGGCAUCCCCCGCGAGAUCCGAGACAAGAUUGUCCGGUAUGUCUUGGUGGGUGAAGAGGAAAUCCCUUUACGCUUCAGGAGCUAUGCUUUCGCGGAGAGAUCGUCUGACACUUUUGGACUGAACCGCAAAAUGGAUGACACGGUCCGUAAACAUGAUCGCACGGUCACGCAGAUGUGGAAACCCGACGGACAGGUCCACGCCCUAGGUCUGCUCUUCACUUGCCGCCAACUGUACGAAGAGGGGCGUGUGAUAUUCUACGGUGAGAACGUGUGGGUCGACACGAGUGCUGGGGACUUCCCAACAUUCUAUUCGGAAGGGAAUUCCUACAUGUCCAGAAGCAACGCGGCGUUAGUGAAAAAGGCGAGGUUGCAACGCUGUCUGUCCUUCCCAGAUGGUCUGGAUGGGAGGCUCGACGCGUUCACCCCGUUUGCCUGCAACUGGCUUCCAAACCUCCAAAAGCUCCGGCUCAGAUUUUAUGUAUUUAAGGCUUCGCCAUCAGACCCUUCGACGAUCUACGCCUUCGUGAAAGAGAGAUUUCUGAUGACCGCUGCCGACAUGACACAAAACCACCCAACCUUGAAGAAAGCGAUCUGGAACACUGAUAGUCUUGCUCCCUACAAAUUUUCUCUCAAUUUCGGCGCCGAGCUAACGGUCCCUGGUUACAGCGAUGAAGAGCUGUUCAAGGUUCGGACGGAGGAGAUUGACGAAGAGGGACGCCGGCAUUUCAUUCCCAAGGUAUGUUAG